GUUUUAUAGUAAGAAACAAGUGGCGUCACCGAGGGACUUUGUGGUAACUUAGAAAGCACAGAGAAGAAGCAGGUGCUAAAUAAGACCGAGAAAAAAGAGGCACAAACAUGGCUUUAUCUGAGCUAUACACGAAGUACAACAGAGUCUGGAUACUGGAUGAAAAACAUGUGUGGAAAUCAGCUGAAAUCACAAAAGAUUUCCACUCAGGCGAUAAUGUUCUUGAAUUACUUCUUGAAGACGGCACUGUGCACCUCUACCCAGUUGACCCCUCCAAACCAAAACUGCCCCCUCUUAGAAACCCAGACAUCUUGGUGGGUGAGAACGACCUCACAGCUCUCAGCUACCUGCACGAGCCUGCAGUCCUGCACAACCUCAGAGUCCGAUUUGUCGAGUCCAGAAUCAUCUAUACCUACUGUGGUAUCAUUCUGGUUGCUGUAAAUCCUUAUAAACAGCUUCCUAUCUAUGGUGACGCAAUCAUUCAUGCCUACUCAGGCCAGAACAUGGGAGACAUGGAUCCUCAUAUAUUUGCUGUGGCGGAGGAGGCAUACAAACAAAUGGCCAGGAAUCAUAAAAACCAAUCUAUCAUUGUGAGCGGGGAGUCUGGAGCUGGCAAGACAGUAUCGGCACGUUAUGCUAUGAGGUACUUUGCUGUUGUGAGCAGAUCUGGAAGUAAGACUCGAGUUGAGGACAAAGUGCUCGCUUCCAAUCCAAUCACAGAGGCAAUAGGAAAUGCAAAAACCACCCGAAACGACAACAGCAGCCGGUUUGGAAAAUACACAGAGAUUAGUUUUGACAGGAAGUAUCGGAUUAUCGGCGCGAACAUGAGGACAUACCUCUUAGAGAAGUCCAGAGUGGUUUUUCAGGCAGAUAAUGAACGUAAUUACCACAUUUUCUACCAGAUGUGCUCCUGUGCAGACUCAGCAGAGUUCAAGACCCUGAGACUGUUGAGCGCAGAUGAGUUCAGGUACACCAGCAUGGGUGGUGACGUAACUGUUGAAGGUGUAGAUGACAAAAAGGACUUUGAAGAGACUCGACGGACUUUCUCCCUACUGGGUUUGAAAGAUGACUUUCAGUCAGAUAUCUUUAAAGUUCUAGCUGCAAUAUUGCAUUUGGGGAAUGUGGAGAUCAGAAGCUCUGGGGAUGAGAAGUCAUCAGUUCCUUUGAACGAUCCACACCUGGCGGCGUUCUGUGACUUGCUGUCUGUAAGCACAACUGAGCUUGUGCGAUGGCUCUGCAAUCGUCGGAUUGUUCUGGUGGCUGAAAUGGUUGUAAAGCCGGUGGCCAAAGAGCGAGCAGUAGCCGGCAGAGAUGCUCUGGCUAAGCAGAUCUACGCCCACCUGUUUGACUGCAUUAUCACCAAGAUCAACAAGGCGCUGCAAAUCCCAGGGAAACAACACGCUUUCAUCGGUGUUCUGGACAUUUACGGGUUUGAAACAUUUGACAUCAACAGCUUUGAACAGUUUUGCAUCAACUAUGCAAAUGAAAAGCUCCAGCAGCAGUUUAACUUGCAUGUUUUCAAGCUAGAGCAAGAGGAGUACAUGAAGGAGGACAUCCCCUGGACGCUAAUAGACUUUUAUGAUAAUCAGCCUGUCAUUGACCUGAUUGAGGCAAAGAUGGGGAUCCUUGACCUGCUUGAUGAAGAAUGUUUAUUUCCUCAAGGAACUGAUCAGAGCUGGCUGCAGAAGCUGUACAACUACUUAAAAGCCAAUCCCCUGUUUGAGAAGCCCAGGUUAAAUGAGGCAUUUGUGAUUCAACACUUUGCAGACAAGGUGGAAUAUCAGUGCAGAGGUUUUCUUGAGAAGAACAGAGAUGCUCUUUAUGAAGAACUGGUGGACACGAUGAGAGCCAGUAAGUUUUCUUUUCUGGCUAACUUUUUCCAAGAGGAGGGGCAGAGCCCAACAAACAGUAAAGGCGUCAAAGUUAAAGCAGCCAGGCCGUCUGUGAAACCAGCCAAUAAGCAGCUGAGGACCUCUGUGGGAGAUAAGUUCCGCAGCUCCCUGUCUUUACUGAUGGAAACGCUGAACGCCACCACCCCUCACUAUGUGCGCUGCAUUAAGCCUAAUGAUGAAAAACUCCCAUUUGAAUAUGACUCGGGGAGAGUGGUGCAGCAGCUGCGGGCCUGUGGAGUACUUGAAACUAUUCGGAUCAGUGCACAGAGCUACCCAUCCAGAUGGACGUACAUUGAGUUUUACAGCCGAUACAGCAUCCUGAUGUCGCAUGUGGAGGCGGACCUCAGUGACAAGAAACAAACCUGCCAAAAUGUCCUGCAGAGAUUGAUUCAGGACUCCAACCAAUACAAGUUUGGCCAUACAAAGAUCUUCUUCCGAGCCGGACAGGUAGCUUAUCUGGAGAAGCUGCGCCUGGAUCGACUACGAGGAGCAUGUGUGACCAUUCAGAAGCAUAUCCGUGGAUGGAGCCACAGGAGAAAGUACCUGAGGAUAAGAGAGGCAGCCAUCAUCCUCCAGCAGUACAUCCGAGGAAAGAGGACAAUCCGUAAAAUAGUGACUGCUGAAACACUGAAGAAGGGCUGGGCUGUUGUGGUGAUCCAGAGACACUGGAGAGGCUACCACAUGAGACAAAUCUACCAGGUAGUCCGUCUGGCCUCCAUCACCAUCCAAGCCUUCACCAGAGGUUGGAUGGCCAGAAAACGCUACAAGAAGAUGAUGGAGGAGCACAAAGUUCUGGUUCUGCAGAAAUAUACCAAAGCGUGGCUUGCCCGACGACGUUUUCAAACCAUGCGUCGGCUCGUGCUCAACGUCCAGCUGUCCUACAGGGUGCAGCAGCUCAAGAAGAAGAAUGAAGAGCAGAACAAAGAGAAUCGAGGAUUGAUGGAAAAACUGGCAAGCCUGGCCAGCACUCAUUCCCAAACAAUGGAGAGACUCCACAGUCAGAAGGUGCAACUGGAAAAACUAACCAACCUGAAGGCGUCUCUGGAGGAAAGAGAAAAGAAAGCAAGAGAAGAGGCCAGCCUGACAAUUAAUCAGCUUCAAAAGCAAGUAGAAGCUCUAAACCUUGAAAAACAGAACCUGGAGACAAAGCUUGAAGCUUCCAUCAAAGAGGCCAAAGAACGUUUUGAUCAAGUAAAAAGGAGCCUUGUGGAAGAGAAGGAAAACGAAGUCCGGCUUAGAAAGAUUGCAGAGAAUAACACUGAGAUCCAGAGACAUGACCAUGAGAAAGAGCUGGAAACUCUAAAGGAGGAGAUAAAGAGAUCAAAAGAGGACAGAGUGUGUCUGCAGAGGAAGAUUGAAGACGGGGUGCAGGUGAAUUCUGAUCUGCAGCAACAGGUCAUUCAGCUCACCAAGCAUGUGAAGGUCAUCCCAGAGCUGCGCAGAGAUCUGAACAACCUGCAGAAUCAGAGAGAUAACCUGGACCGGAAGAUGAAGGAGCAGUCGGAGCAAACAAGAGCUAAAACGAAGGGAAUCAUAAGACAGCUGCUUGCCGGUGUUGUUGAAGAGGAACAGAUUUUUGGGCUUACUCUGGAGGACUCUGAGAAGAUUUAUGAACUGGAUGAUGUGCAGGAAGCCUUUGACGGCCUUCAAAAAGCCACCAGGUUACUGGAAAACCACCAGAGGGAGCAGAGGGAGACGUAUGAGUCUCAGAUGGAGGGACUAAAUCUAAAAGUGGACCACCUUCAGAACGAGAACAGCAAGCUGCAAAAACUUUUCCAGGAAAAAAGUAACAUUAAUGAGAAUAUUCGCCAAGAAGUGUCAAGGCUCAGCAGUGAUAACUCGGCCAUACCAGAGCUGAAACUGCAGGUUUCAGAGCUGCAGAGACAAAAUCAGGAGCUUGAGGCUAUUGCCAAGGAGCAGAGCAGCGAGUUCACUGAAAAAAGUAAGGAGAUCACCAGCAUUCUCCACAGGAAGAUCACAGAAGAAAGCACACAACGCAGACACUUUGAGGAGAGGGCGAAGGAGCUGGAGGAGACCAAGGGGGAGCUUCAAGGGAAGAUAGAGGAGCUGGAGGAGGAGAGCGAACACUUAAAGAGACUGCAGCUGAUGGAGGGUGAAGUGAAGAGAAAACUGAGAGAGGAGACGUCUCAGUUAACUGCUGAGAUCAUGGACUUAGAGGAGAAGCUUGACCAGAAAGAUCGAUGGAUUAAGAAACUCCAAAAUCAAAUAAAGUGCCUUGAAAUGUCACAGAAAGCAAAACACACACCUGCAUUUCCUAAAGAAUACCUUGGCAUGUUGGAGUAUAAGAGGGAGAAUGAAGCCAGGCUCAUCCAAAAUAUCAUUAUUGACCUCAAGCCCAAAGGUGUGGUGGUCAAUGUAAUCCCUACUCUGCCAGCUUUCAUCCUCUUCAUGUGUGUCCGCCAUGCUGACUACCUGAACGACGAUAAGAAGCUAAAGUCUCUGAUGAAUGCAAUCAUUCAAGCGGUCAAAAAAGUCAUCACGGCUCACCAAAAGGACUUUGAAUCAUUGUCCUUCUGGCUCUCCAACACAUACCAGCUGCUAAACUGUCUGAAACAAUACAGCGGGGAGGAAGAGUUCCUGAAGCAGAGUACCCCACGUCAGAAGAAGAACUGCCUGCAGAACUUUGAUUUGUCCGAACACAGACAGAUUCUUAGCGACCUGGCCAUACACAUCUACCAUCAGCUCAUCUCUAUCAUGCAGAGGACUCUUACGCCUGCUAUUGUACCAGGUAUGUUGGAGCACGAGAGUUUACAAGGAAUCUCUAGCAUGAAACCGACCGGCUUCAGGAAGCGCUCCAACAGUAUGUAUAAGGAUUCAGAGACAUACACCAUCUCCUCCAUCCUGCAGCAACUCUCUGUCUUCCAUUCUGCCAUGAGCCACCACGGCAUGGAGCAGAGCCUGGUCAAACAGGCCGUCAGACAGCUCUUCUUUCUGGUCGGCGCCACCACCUUCAACCAAAUCAUGCUCUGCAAAGACAUGUGCUCUUGCAGGAAAGGGAUGCAGAUCAGAUGCAACAUCAGUUACCUGGAAGAGUGGCUGAAGGAGACUGAGCUUCAGAGCUCCGGUGCCAUUGAUACGUUGAGGCCUCUGGCUCAGGCUGCCUGGCUGCUGCAGGUCAACAAGUCCACCAAUGAAGAUGCUAAAGAGAUCACAGAAAAGUGCACUGAACUCAACCCUGUUCAGAUUGUCAAGAUUUUGAAUUCCUACACACCCAUUGAUGACUUUGAGAAACGAGUGACCUCCUCAUUUGUCCGCAAAGUUCAGUCCUUCCUCCAGGAAUAUGAAGGCUCUACACAGCUGAUGCUGGACACAGAUUAUCGAUUCCAGGUUACUUUUCCUUUCUGUCCGUCCUCAACAACUUUAGAGUCUCUGCAGGUCCCCAGCAGCCUUCAUCUGGACUUCCUAACCAGGAUCUGACACCAUAAAUUGUGCCUUACUGUAUAUAGAAGACUUUUUUAAUAAUACAUGUAGAGAACAUAAAAUGUUGGGCAAGAGCAAGAAUUUUAAAGUAAUAUAUUUUCCAGCAAUUGUUAUUCAAAAUUACUUGUAACGAAACUACUUAAUAACUGGUGCAAUACUAAGGCAAUCUCUCAAUGCAAAAUUGGGACCAAGAUCUAUAAAUAAUUUAGCUUUGACUUUUGGGUCAGAACAUUAGUAUUUUUGUUUUUAUUGACUAAUUUUUUGCAAUUUUUCACAGCUUUCAUCACUGAUGGAAAAAAACAUAUUUAUUUGCUGCAAAUAUUAUCCGCCAAGACAAAUAAAAUGACCUAAAAUCACAUUAUUUUUAUGCUUUCUUGGUUUGCAAAGCCUUAGUAAAGUGAGGCUAAAAUAUGAGUUCAUUUGUAAAUUAGUUCAUAUUCUUAAUAUUGUUGAUUAAAAAGUAUAGCAAAAUUGUCCUUGUCUGUUUUUGCUUUAAUUCUGUUCUGAAUCAUUUUAGAAGUCAAGCAAACAUUGGAUGCAUCCAUGGAGGUUUGUUUAAAAUAACAUAACAUAAAUCUUAUGUGUUUUUUUGUUACCUAUGUAAUUAUCUUUUAUUUUAUAUGGGAUUUUUAUAUGAUAUUUCAUUGCCUGAUUUAGCUUUAUCGUAAAGCGUAUUGAUCCACUUUGGGUGUUUUAUAUAAGCUAUAUGAAGAUGUGUGACAGUGACAAUGGAGGAGAACUGGUAAAUCAUUUCUCAGCACUGAAUACACCACAGUGUACAGUGUACAGGAACAUGUGUUUGUUGUGACUAGAGCAGGGCUCCUGCUCAGUGUUUAUAUCUAUAAAAACAUUUUCCUAGCCUGCGUAGUUAUAGAUGAAGGAAAUCACUGUAUGGAACAUUACCUUUACAUAUUAAUACAAAAUUUAAAAGACAUUAAAACGAAUUAAAAAAACAAUUUUAAAAACUGUUUUAGACAUUUGUAUAUUAUUUCUCUAAGAAAAGGCUUAAAAGAUGUUAAGAAAUGAUCAAUGUUUUAGAGUGGGCCGGCCAUAAUCUUGAAUCUGAUUGAGAAUCUGUGGUGAAAAAAUGAGGGUGAUGGCAAGGAGGCUCAACACCAGAGCAAAAUUGUCAAAAUACCAGUGGAAACAUGCCGAAAGCUGUUCAACUUUGUACGAAGUAUUUUGUUUUCUGUGAUGCAACUGAGAAGGGUAUAAAAUAUUCUAAACAUGCCAUUUUUGUUAAAGAAAUGUGAAAUAUGCCUUAUUGUUGUAAGAUGUCCUAUUAUCUGUUUUGGGAGGGGCCUGUUUCAUGUUAAAUAAAAAACAAGCUUCUUGUAUGAAUGAAAAUAAAUUUCAGUCUAAAUCUGA